CCUUCUUCCUUGUCUUGUCUUGCGUCUUCCGGCUGGCGUCGCUCGUCUCGACCUCGACUCGUCCUCAGGCCUCAUCACAACCAGCGCCGCCGCAGCACGGGCGCCGCCGCCGGUUCCAACCCGCCCGCUCUCGCCGCGCCCUACGCUAUGGCCGCCAAGUGGGCCCAGAAGACCGUUGUCAUCCCCGCGCAGCGCCGCGGCUGCCACCUCAUCACCCCCAAGAUUCUGAGGGAGAUCGAGGGCGACCUGGCCGGGUUCAAGUGUGGGCUCGCGCAUUUCUUCCUGCAGCACACAAGCGCUUCCCUGACCAUCAACGAGAACUAUGACUCCGAUGUACAGGCUGACACCGAGACCUUCCUUAACAGAAUUGUCCCAGAGGGCCACAAUGCUCCUUGGAAGCACACUAUGGAAGGUCGUCCCCCUCAGGUCAUAGCUCGAGGAGGAUUCUCUGGCUUGUUUCCUGACUCAAGCCAGUUUGCGUACCAGUUUGCCUUGUCAACCAGCUUGCUCGACGUCGCUCUCUUCUGCGAUCUGCAAUUCUCCAGCGACGGCAUGGGCUUCUGCAAGACCGGAUUGACCCUCGACAACUCGACUCUUAUCUCCGAGGCCUUCCCUAAGAUGGACAAGACGUACAAGGUGCACGGAGAAGAUGUCCAUGGCUGGUUCUCUCUGGAUUUCACCGCGGACCAGCUGAUUCAGAACGUUACGUUGAUCCAGAACAUCUUUUCUCGCCCAAGCACAUUUGAUGGCUCCUUGGGAAUGUACAUGCUUGGUGAUGUUGUUGAACUCCGCCCCCCUCAAAUUUGGCUUAAUGUAGAGUACAAUUCAUUUUUUCAGGAGCACAAAAUAAGUACCGAAGAUUAUAUAUCAGGACUACCACAAGAAUUUAGCCUCGCUUACAUAUCCUCACCAGAGAUUGCGUUCUUGAAAAGCGUGGGUAGAAAGCUCGGGAAAAGCAAGACGAAGCUCAUCUUCCGGUUUCUCAAUGAAGCCGUUGUCGAGCCUUCGACCAUGGAAACAUACGGGGAACUUGUGAAAGACCUGAAAUCCAUCAAGGAAUUCGCGAUUGGGAUUCUUGUCCCCAAGACCUACAUCUGGCCACUGAACAAGGAUCAGUACUUGGCGCCAUCGACUAGUUUGGUCAAAGAUGCGCAUGCCCUGGGGCUGGAAGUCUAUGCGUCUGGAUUUGCCAAUGAUGUCGCCUUGAGCUACAACUACAGCUACGAUCCCAGUGCAGAGUACUUGCAGUUCAUAGACAAUCCAGACUUCGCUGUCGAUGGUUUGCUCACGGACUUCCCGCCCACCGCAUCUGGAGCUGUUGCUUGCUUGGCUCAUUCUAAGGGCAAUCCUCUACCUCCUCCCGGAAAGGACAGCAGGCCGCUGAUCAUCACCCACAACGGCGCGAGCGGCGUCUUCCCCGGCUGCACGGACCUCGCGUAUCAGCAGGCGAUGAAAGACGGCGCGGACAUCAUAGAUUGCACGGUUCAGAUGUCGAAAGAUGGGGUGCCCUUCUGCAUGCCCUCUGCCGACCUCGGCAGCUGCACCACCGCGGCUACCGCUUUCAUCACCAAAGGCUCCACCGUCCAUGAGAUCCAGAACAAGUCCGGCAUUUUCUCGUUCGACCUGUUGUGGAGCGAGAUCCAAACCUUGAAACCCGAACUUGUCGCUCCAUUUGCUCAGGCUGGCCUGAAAAGAAAUCCUGCAGCGAAGAAUGCCGGCAAGUUCAUGACUUUGCCCGGAUUCCUAGACAUGGCUAAGGCCAGCAAUGUCUUCGGUAUACUGAUCGACAUAGAGCAUGCUCCCUACCUCGCGACCAGAGGACUCGGCGUGGUGGACGCGGUCACCGGCGCGCUGGCCAACGCCAGCUACGACAAGGAGACCAAGCAGCAGGUGUUCAUCCAGUCCGACGACUCGUCGGUGCUGUCGGCGUUCAAGAAGUCGUUCCCGGCGUCGAAGCGGGUGCUCAGCAUCGAGGCCGAGAUCGGCGACACCUCCAAGCCUUCGGUAGACGAGAUCAAGGAGUUCGCGGACGGGGUGAGGAUCCGUCGCGGCUCGGUGGCCCAGGUCACCGGCUACUUCCUGACGCGGUUCAGCAACGUGGUUGGCAGCCUGCACGCCGCCAACAUCACCGUGUUCAUCGGCGUGCUCAGGAACGAGUUCAUGAACCUUGGGUUCGACUACUUUGCUGACCCCAUAGUCGAGAUCGCCACGUACUCGGCGGCGGUAGUGGCCGAUGGGCUCGUCACCGACUUCCCUGCCACUGCAGCUGCAUACUUCAGGAGCCCAUGCAGUGACAUGAGCCUGAACCUGAGCUACUCGAUCCUGCCUGCACAACCUGGCGCUCUGGUCAACCUGGCCGUCCCCGGCGCGCUGCCUCCGGCGGGAGCGCCCGCACCGAUGCUCGAACCCGCCGACGUUCUGGACCCGCCACUGCCGCCUGUUGUCGCGGUGAUGUCUGGGGCAGGACCUUCUGCCGGUGGCGAAGAUGUGAAUGAAAUUAUUGAUGCAGUGGAAGUAGAACCCACUACCCCCGGUACGUCCUUCCUCGCAAAAGUGGCGGUUGCUAUCGGUGUCGCGGCCACGGCAACUGUGAUUUCACUCUUCAUGAAGCAGCCUUCAUCGGGUCCAUCUUUCAGUCUGCCGCAAAUUGUUGACGCUUCCGUGCAGUCUGAUGCAGCAGCAGCAACCAUUGGAUAUACAUUUUCUCUGUUUGGGAAGAAAGUCAUAAUUCCGGAGUAUACUCCAGGGUGGGUCUACUUUUGGUUGCUAAUGGCUGCUGGAUUUGGACUGUUUAUCAGCGAGGAAGCUCUAAAUGUUUGGGUUGGAAUUUCUUUAGCACGUACACUUUGUUUGGAUGGAACCUGGCAAUCUCUUUCUAGCUCAUUCUCGGCGAAUGCAUCUUAUAUAAUUUCUACAGUGUUAUGGGUUUACUGGGGUGUUUGUAUUAGCGACAUGAUCCCAUUCUAUCUGGGGAAGUUUUUUAGGCAAACUAGAGCAUCUGAAGACAUAAGCAACAAGAUUGGAAUUGGCAAGGAGAAAGCACUAAGCAUAUCACGAGGGGUACAAAAGUAUGGGAACCUAAUUGGCUUUGUUGAGCGAUUUUCAGUUGGUGUUCGGAAUCCUACAGCAUUUCUAGCUGGCGCAUUGGGUAUAUCGGCAGACUGUUUUUUUGCAGGAGUUUGUUGUGGUUGUCUAUUUACUCUUCCUAUUCAGUUAGCAGUUGGGUUUUUCCUCAGAGAACGGCCUGUCGUCGCACUCGCAAGCGUUGCAGCUGCCGUGGGCAUCUGGACCGUGUUCCCUUACGCAGCUGCGGCAUGCACGGCGCUGUUCCUAUACCUCCGUCGAGGCAAAUCCAGCAGCUGAAUGCAAUGAUCGCGUUCGUGGCGCAUGGGCAUUUCCUUGAUUUCUAAACAGCACAGGCUUGUACAUUUUUGAAGAUUUUUCAAUCAAGAAGGUUGAUUGAUGUAUACAUUUUUUUCUCUCCUGAAGUACAGAAUAGGAAUUAUUGCAAUUCAGAGUCUUAGUGUACCAGUCUUCCAUGCUUGCCCCGAAUUGAUACAGAGAUCCUGAAAUUCAGUGUACAUGCCACCAUUUCCUCCUUGUAUAAAACUCUAUUCUUGAAUGAAUGCCGGAGUUUCGACCCUACAA